GGCGAUGAACAGAUGGGCCACGCAAGCACAGCGGGGUGGAGAAGAGCAGUGGAAGGUCCUGCACAGAGAAAUGCUCUUCCUCGUGCUGAGGAAGGGUUGAAGGCAGAAUUAGUUCCCAUUCAAGAGGAGCUCUUUGCCCAGGAGUGGUGCAGGAGUCUAAAUCAGGCUACAGAGCUGACAUCUAUUGAAGGGAAGGAGGAGGAGGAACCUGCACUAAAUCCUGAGCACAUUAAUGAAGAGAUCCCUGGAAUUGAACCUGUCAUCAUUAAAGAGGAGGUUCCUGAACUUGAAUCUGACCCCGUUGAAGAGGGGGGUUCAGACCACUUUGAAAGACUGCAACAAAUUCAGACAGGCGAGAAACUGCAUCUCUGCCUUGUAUGUGGGAAGUCUCUCAGUACAUCAACAGAGCUGAAAAGACACCACCGAAUUCACACAGGAGAAAGACCGUACUGCUGCACUGAAUGUGGAAAGAGUUUCAAUACCUCUACAGAUCUGAAAAGACACAGUCGCUUUCAUACAGGAGAGAAGUUACACCAUCUUAAAACACACCCGCAAAUUCACAAUCGAAAGAAGCUGUAUCACUCUAAUGGAUGUGAGAGGAGUUUCACUCAGUUAGGAACCCUGACAUUGCAUCAGAGAAUGCACACUGGAGGAAAGCUGUAUCACUGCACUGACUGCGCAAAAGAUUUCAGUACAGCAGCAGAGCUCAAGAUACAUCAGCGAUCUCACACAGGAGAGAAACCGUAUCGCUGCACUCAGUGUGAGAAGAGUUUCAGUCAGUUAUCCCGCCUUAAAUCCCACCAGCGAAUUCACACCGGAGAGAAGCCGUAUAGCUGUGAUUACUGUGGGAAGAGAUUCACUCUGUCUACAGACCUGAAACGACACCAGCGAAUUCACACAGGAGAGAAACCAUAUAGCUGCACUGAGUGUGAGAAGAGUUUCAAUCAAAUAUCCCACCUUAAAGCCCACCAGCGAGUUCACACCGGAGAGAAACCAUAUAUCUGUGAUCACUGUGGGAAGAGAUUCACUCGAGCAGGAAAUUUGGUGUCACACCUUCGGGUUCACACAGGGGAGAAGUGGACUCACUGCCCUCAAUAAGAGAGAUUUUAUUUUCCACUCCCAGUUGAAAAAGCACACAGUAUCCAGACACUUCAAUAGGAGCAGCAGCACUGUACCUUCAUCACAAGAGGACUCAGUCUAGUGGAAGCUGAGCGUAUACAAGACCCUGAGAUGCAAUUGGAGUUUUUCAUCCCUUUGUCAAACUGAUCUUAUCUUCUUCUGAUCUCUGAUUGUCUGAGUUAUUAAAAUGUAAAUCCUGUAUGUAUAUUAUAGUUUAAUGAAUAGAACCUUCAUUUAAUUCAUACUUACAGAGCUUGUCUGUCAGGUUCAUAUAUAUGAAUAUACCUCAGUAUGGCACACAGACUGUUUAUAUUACAGAUAAUAAAUAAUGUUAACUAUAAAGUUCUUCACCAUAACAGUAGUAUUUGUGUUUGUAAAUGUUACAAAAUAUACAUACAUGUUAUUUGAAUCUUUAUUAAUUUCCAGGAAAAUAUAGGCCUAUGUUAUUAUAGAUUCUAAAUAGAAUAAAAUGGUUCUGCUGUACAGCUUUGUUUUUAAGUUAAAAUGUAUUUAAUUUAAUAUUUAAGGACUGCACUGGAAAGGGGUGAUUGGUUUAAGUUUAGGGAAUCCACAUGUGACAGCUAUUACUUUACAAUAGAUGCUUAGAUUACGUUUUCAUGUCCUGUUCUUGCCCAGGACGGGAGUGGAAAGUGUUCAUACAUUCUUUACAUUUUCAUACUGAUAAUCUCAGAGGGUUGUGCAAAGGCAACAGCCUCCUGAACCCCAGCACUGCGUACCCUUCUGCGCUCUACACUGCAGCAGAAAACACAUGCUGUUGGCUGUCCAGUUUGUUUAACUAUAUCUACCUUCAGCGUCCAUCAAUGCACAGAAGCUGCAGAAAAUACACUGAUUGGGAAACUUGUGUUUCUCUUGUGGUUUUAAACAACAGUUUUUGCAAUGUGUUAUGUUUCUUUUAACUACUCAUUACUAGGGUUGAACACAGCUGUAUUCAAUGUGAAAUGCUUGUAAAUCUUAGAAAUGCAGAGGAGGAUUGGAAAGGCUCAUGGGUGCAGUGGGAGACAUGAGGGAUUGGAGGUAGGAGGGGGCAUUGUGCUGAAGAGAGCGGUAGGUAAGAACAAGAGUCUUGAAAUUAGUUACACAUUCAUUUUAAAUUAUUAUUUUUA